AUGUCAUCAGCAACCUCCACCAUGAUCCCCCGCUUUCUCCUCCCGCAGUACGGGCGCAUCUGGCAACGAUCCACCCAAAACCUUAUCCAGCACCGUCUCGCAUCCACAAAGUCAACAUCGGACGCAAACACAUCAGCAUCCGGCCCGCGCGUCCUCGCAAAGCCCGAGCGCUUCAACCCUCCUUCGCAUGGCUCCCGACUCCCCAACAAGAAGCACGUCCCGCGGCAUUAUGGCGGCGACCUCAGCUUCCAAGAGAAGCAGGCCCAGGCGAAAAAGGAAUAUCCGGGGCUGAUGCCCGGUGAGGGAACGUAUGGAUGGUGGUUCUGGAAUAACAAGUGGUUUCACAUGUGCUUGACCCUGGGCACCCUCUUUUCCCUAGCCAUCUACACCGCAACCGAAAACUUCAAGCGCACCUCCCCCUUCGCCGACAUGCUCCCCGCCAAGGGCGACUUCCUCAGCCACCCCAUCGACUCCUUCCAACACCUGGGCCACGUCAUCCGGCUGCACGAGGCGCACAAGUCCGCCGAGAUCUCGGCCAAGAGGCAGCGGGCCAUCGACGACGUGGCCAAGCGGACCAUGUACAGGAAGGCGCACGGUCUGCCCGAGGAGCAGGGCGUCAUGGGCUUCAUCAAGCUGAAGGAGCCGGAGCGGAUUGCUAGCGUGUCGAGAGGGGUGUUGGAGCCGGAGCCGGCUACUGCGCCAGCGCCUGCUACUAAGGAGGGGGAGCAGAAACAGGAGCAGCAGCAGCAGUAA